AUGAAGAGUUGCUAUAGAUAUUCAGCUUCCGCUUUCACUUGGCUAUGUGUUUUCGCGAUUCUCGUUGUUUUCUUUACCUCUGAUAACUUCAACGCCUCCGUCAGCUUCUCUGCUUCGAGUCCUGGAUCACCAGAACCAAAACUUGAGUUGCAGAGAUCAAUCGUUUCUAAUCCUGAUCAAAUCAAAGCCGUUGGCUUCAGCGCAUCAACUGAUGAUCAUCACCAUCCCAACCGACUUAGAAACACCACCGUCAUCAGAAAAACGAAGAACCUAAGCAGAGAACAAGCGUUAGAACAAGGACUAGCUAGAGCUCGAGCUUCGAUUCUCUCGGCUGCUAUAGCUCGAAAUAUCAAGGCCACUUCCAAGCACGACAAUGACGUUCCCUUUGGAGAUGUCUAUCGUAAUCCAAGCGCAUUUUAUCAGAGCUAUGUGGAGAUGGAGAGGAGAUUCCAGGUGUACGUGUACACAGAAGGAGAGCUGCCAAUUGUCCACGAUGGGCCAUGCAAGGAAAUAUACACGAUAGAAGGAAGGUUCAUACACGAGAUGGAGCACGGGGCUAAGAGGUUUAGGACAAAUGAUCCUCAACGUGCUCACGUUUUCUUCAUGCCCUUCAGUGUGACUUGGAUGGUCAAGUAUAUUUACACGCCUCUGAGUUUCAACAUUACUCCUCUUAAGCAAUUUGUUUCUGAUUAUGUGAAAGUGGUAUCCACCAAAUACUCUUUUUGGAAUCGAACUCAUGGUGCUGAUCACUUCAUGCUUGCCUGUCAUGAUUGGGGUCCCCAUGCAUCACAGGGCAACUCACUCCUCUACAACAAUUCCAUUCGGGUUUUGUGCAAUGCCAACACCUCCGAAGGCUUCAAUCCACAAAAGGACGUAAGCCUUCCAGAAAUCAACCUCAAUGGUGGCCACUUAUCCCCCAAACUCAUCCACCCACCUCCGCCCAACGCUUCUCGACCCUAUCUCUCUUUCUUUGCCGGCGGACUUCACGGCCCAAUCCGCCCAUACCUCCUCCAACACUGGAAGGGCCGGGACAAUGACAUGCAGGUUUUUGAAUACCUCCCAAAAGACAAAGACUAUUACUCUUAUAUGCUCCAAUCCAAAUUUUGUUUAUGUCCAAGUGGUUAUGAAGUUGCCAGCCCAAGGAUUGUGGAGGCCAUAUACUCUGAAUGUGUGCCGGUUAUUUUGUCAGAUAACUAUGUUUUGCCUUUCAGUGAUGUGUUGCGAUGGGAGGCUUUCUCAAUACAGGUGGAAACAACAGAGAUUCCCAGAUUGAAAGAGAUUUUGUCGGCAAUUCCAGAAGAGAAAUAUCGGAAACUUCAAGAGGGUGUGAGAGUUGUGCGGAGACAUUUUAUGUUGAACCAACCUUCUAAGAGAUUUGAUAUGUUCCACAUGAUAUUACACUCAAUAUGGCUGAGGAGAAUUAAUGCAAGAACGGGAUAGAUCUUGAUAUGUAUUUUUCCAUGAACAAUGUUACAUACAUAUAUUUUGUAUACAUAAA